AUUUUGGAAGUGUUUCUGUUGCAGAAGGAAGAUGUGGCAGGAGCAGGAUAACACUCAAGUUUCUGUUAAAUAGUCAUUUAUUGUGAUGGGUCUUCUUUCUCUAUCUCCAUUAAUGGGGUUAUAUUUGGUUUGGCUGAGUUAAAUUCUGGGUCAUGUUUGGUUUGAAGAGUUACAUCUGGGGUCCUUUUUCUUUUCUUGAUCAUAUCUAAAUUACUUGAUGUCAACCAUGUCAGAAGUAAUUUAAUUCACUGUCUAAUGUCCUUGUUUAUAGGGACACCUUUUUGCAAUUAAGGCCUACAGUUGUCUCAUGAUCUUACUAGAUAGUACUUUUAAGAACCGCAUAUGACUAAUAAUUAGCUUAAGAGCGUUAAUGGUAAAUUUUGGUCGCUAGCUCCAUAAUUGAGUUUAAUUUGGUAGUCUAUGGAGUCAUUUGCAUUGAACUGUAUUUAGAAAAUAAUUGGAAGCAUAUUUGACAGAUUUACUGAUUUCUAACUGAGAUACACAGUUUGAGCUUCUGAUGCUCUUGCUCUAUGCUAAUUGUUAGGAUUAGGUAGAAGCCGACAUGUGGUUUGUCAAUCAGUAGAAGCUUUUUUAUUUGUUCAUUAUGUAAAGAUUUAAAGCAUUCUCCUUUUCCGUGUACCAGUAUGUUCGUCCUUGAGUUUAAUUGGUAUCACCUUUCACUAAGCUUUUACUAUCAUUUAUCUGUUGCAGAUUGGAGGAUUUAAGAUCAAAGAAGCUUGGAGAGCAAGUACCUGGUCCUAAUGAAGUUUUGGAAUAAAUGAAGCUUCAAGUGGAAGUUGCCCUUGCUUGUCUUGUCGGUUUGAUCUGGAUUCAGCAAGGUCUUUGUGAUGAACUUUCCACUACAUCAGGCCUAAACAAUUGGACAUGUACAUGUUCAUUGUCAAGUCAAGGAAAUCAGACUUAUGUCAAAUCUAACUGUUCUACUUCCUGUGAUUGCAAUCCAGUGGCUGGAGGUUCAAAAGACAGUACUUGGGGAUGUACAUGUGCUGCUGAUGGAUUGCCUAGAAUAGCUUCUGGUAGUCAUGAUUCCACUUGUUUUACAGCCUGCAACUGCACUUCUGUCUCUUUUCUUUGUACGUCAGGACGUGUUUCAAAUAUUAUGCCCCGUAGUUGUGGUUUCUGCUGGACAAGAUUCUGCAUCACAUGGAUCUGUUGCCCAAGCUCAAGAAAAACGAAAACACUUUUCUGGCAAGGUUGUUGUGAUCAUUCUGCUACUAUGUGUCAUACUUACAACACUAGCUUUUCUUGCUUCUAUAACAUGCUAUGUCUAUCGAAAAGAUAACUGCCCUUUCCAGUCACCAAUAUUCAUAUCUGACAGAGAAACAAGUUACACUAGUGCUACUAACUUAAUAAGUCACAAGGCAUCUUCACUGUUGGAAACUGGAGUUAGUAUUGAUACCCACCUUAAUCCUAUGCCAGGGUGCUUUCGCCGGGCUUUCUACAGGGGCAGUUCAGAUAUUAUAAAUGGCACCAUAGUCCGAUUUUCGUACUCUGAAUUGGAACACGCAACCAAAAAUUUCUCCAAUUCCAAUCUCAUAGGACUUGGUGGAAGUAGCUAUGUAUAUCGUGGUCAGCUUAGAAAUGGUAAAACUGUGGCAAUUAAGAGACUUAACGCUCAGGGGGGACCUGAUGCCGAUUCUCUCUUUUCAAAAGAGGUUGAAGUAUUAUCAAGACUCCAUCAUUGUCACGUUGUGCCGUUGCUUGGCUGCUGCUCAGAGUUCCAAGGGAAACAUUCUAAGAGGUUGCUGGUCUUUGAGUACAUGCCUAAUGGUAACUUGAGGGAUUGCUUGGAUGGAAUUUCAGGAGAAAGCAUGAAAUGGGAAACUCGGGUUGCAAUCGCAAUAGGAGCUGCAAGGGGCUUAGAAUAUCUCCAUGAAGCAGCUGCUCCAAGAAUUUUGCACAGAGAUGUCAAAUCUACAAAUAUCCUCCUGGAUGAAAACUGGGGAGCAAAAAUUACUGACCUCGGUAUGGCUAAACGUUUAAAAGCUGAUGGUGUUCCCAGCAGUUCUAGUUCUCCAGCAAGAAUGCAGGGAACUUUUGGCUAUUUUGCACCAGAGUAUGCAAUGGUUGGGAGAGCAUCUCUUAUGUCAGAUGUUUUCAGUUUUGGCGUAGUUCUUCUUGAGCUAAUAAGCGGUCGACAACCCAUUCAUAAAUCAACCAACAAAGGAGAAGAAAGCCUUGUCUUAUGGGCUACCCCUCGUCUGCAGGACAGUAGGCGAGUAGUUUCAGAAUUGCCUGACCAACGACUGAAAGGGAAUUUCCCAGAAGAAGAAAUGCAGAUAAUGGCUUACCUAGCUAAGGAGUGCCUGCUAUUGGAUCCUGAUGCUCGACCAACCAUGCGUGAAAUUGUACAAAUUCUCUCAACUAUCGCACCAGAUAAAUCUAGGAGGAGAAACAUCCCUGUAAAUCUCUUUCAGAUGUCUUUCACACGUAGCAUGAAAAUGGAGUCACAUAUACAGAAAUCUGGCAAUCUAGUUGAAGGUUCUGUUGAUGCAGCAGAGCUGAGACGAGAGAGUUCAGCUAAACAGUCAGCUCUGGGUUCUCUGCCAUUGGAUGUUGAACAUACUCUCUCUGUCAGGCAAAAAACCAUGGAAGUGGAUACCGUUUCAUCUGAGUACAUGGAAAGGUUGAUCCUGUUGACUUCAAAAGCACGGAGUUGGCGUGUCACAGAUGAAGAAGCUGUGGACUUAACAGAACCUCGAUUUGAAUCAUUCCGCAUGGCAAAUGCUAAAUUUCCUUGACAUACAAUUCUUUGAAUGCAAAAAUGUCUGAAUCAGGUAUAAAGUACUGGUACAAGUUUGUUUUGGUUUCUUAGAUAGAAAGGAAGCAUGCAAGAUUUUGAGGAGGUGUUCACUUUAUUAUCUUCUUUUACAUUUGAAAUUUAUUUUUCCUUUCUUUGAAAUUAGAAGAAAGAUCUCAGGCUAAUUGUCAAUAUGGCCUUUUAUUGUAAUCAUUUUUUUUUAAUGUAUAGAAAAAAAGUAUCUAUAGAAAAUUGAUUUUGUUUUCUGGUUGUUGA